UUUACCAGUUAGUUGCGAAUUAGAUGGCUUCAGUUCAGUUGACAAAAUAACGAUAAUCGGAGUAAAAGUACGGCAAAACUAAAACAUAAAGAAGGAUUCAUUCUAUUAACUAAGGAGAACCAAAUACUUAACGCAUUCACACAGGUUUCGGAUUAUUAACAACACAACAUGACAAGUAAUUCAGAGCCUACUCGAAACUCACCAAAACACAUUCUGAAAUUAAGCAUUAAGGAAAAACGCGAGUUCUUGGAUUCUUUCGAUCGAGUUUUCUCCGAUGUUGAUGGCGUGAUUUGGAACUUGGUUGGCAACAUACCGGGAGCCGCUCAAGGAUAUCGAAUGCUUAUAAGCGCUGGUAAAAAAAUAAACUUUAUAAGCAACAACAGUGUACAACCACUUAGUGAGUAUGAGCGGAAAUUCAAGGCCAUUGGUAUUGAUGUUGAUUUGGACACGCUUGUACAUCCAGCCACAAGUAUUGUUAAGUAUCUCAAAAAUAUAAAUUUCAACGGCCUUAUUUAUGUUAUUGCGACCGAACAUUUAAAGAAUAUUUUGCGAGAGGCGGGAUAUGAAAUCAUUGAUGGUCCCACGAAAAUUCUUAAAGAAUCUGCCACUGAAUUCGCUCGUCACAUUAUCAGCGAUGAGCCGGUACGUGCCGUAGUCAUCGAUGUUGACUUCAAUUUAUCUUCGGCGAAACUCAUACGUGCGCAUAUCUUCUUGCGCCAUCCCGAUUGCAUAUUGAUUGAGGGCGCCACCGACAAACUCUUGCCGAUAGCUGAGGAUUUGGAUAUCAUUGGACCCGGUCCAUUCGCUCAAGUUAUAGCCGAUUCUAGCAAGAAGCGUCUAAUAACGCUUGGCAAACCGGGCAAAGACUUAGCUGAGAUGCUCGUAAAAGAUUUUAAGAUCGAAAAUACGAAACGCGUGCUGAUGAUUGGCGAUAUGUUGGAACAAGAUGUGGGCUUCGGCAAGGAAUGCGGUUUCCAAACGAUGGUCGUGUUGAGUGGUGGUUGCAAGCUAGGAGAUUGGGAAAGAGAAACUAAUUUAGCCAACAUUCCCGACUACUAUGCGGAUAGCGCUGCGGAUUUUAUUGAACUUAUGAACGAUGUGAAUAAAUCGAAUAUGUAACGAUUCGUCCACAA